GUUUUCCCAUUCACAAACCAACUCUCCAUGCCAGCUCCCCAUCUCUCCUUCAACUUUCUUGAAAUUGUAUAAAAUUAAAUAUUUUGACACUAACCCACACACACAAUCUGCCCAGAGCAGAGAUCCCACUUUUCUAUUCAGUGGAGAAGAUUCCCCCAAACAAUACCAUAAAAGACAAAAAAUUUGCAUCCACCCCCUUCACAUUUGCAGCAAAAUGUUGAAUUUUGGAAGAGAGAAAGAUGGGAUUUUGUGUAAGGGGCAUUGGUGUAUGAGCAGAGGAGGCACAGAAUCUGGAACUAUAAUGCUGGGGUUAUGAUGGGAACAUGAGAAUGCGAGGUACAACACUCCACUGCAUUGUGUUCCUGUAUGCAUUUUGUCUGCUUCAAUUUGUGGUAGUUUUAGUGUCUCCCAUUACGGAGAAGGAGAUUUUGCUUCAAUUUAGGGGCAACAUUUCUAGCGACCCUUUUGAUAGUUUGAGUUCUUGGAUUCCUAGUAGUAGCCCUUGCCAAGAUUAUCAAGGGGUGUUCUGUAAUUCUGAUGGAAAUGUGGCAAAAAUUGUGCUUUGGAACACUAAUCUUUCUGGAGUUUUGUCACCUUCUUUAUCAGGAUUGAAAUCACUUAGGAUUAUAACCUUGUUUGGUAAUAAGUUAACUGGUAAUAUCCCUUCGGAAUAUGGAGAGAUCAGUACUUUGUGGAAGAUAAACUUGAGCUCCAAUGCUCUUUCAGGACCAAUCCCAGAGUUUCUUGGAGAUUUGCCAAACAUUAGGUUUCUUGAUUUGUCUAGAAAUGGGUAUAGUGGUGAGAUUCCUUCAGCAUUGUUCAGGAACUGUUACAAGACUAGAUUUGUUUCCUUGGCUCAUAACAAUCUAUCAGGGCCACUCCCUGCUUCAGUUGGUAACUGUUUGGAUCUAGAAGGGAUUGAUGUGUCUUUCAAUGGUCUCAGUGGGGCGUUGCCGUCACAAAUUUGCAGCCCUCCAGGGAUGAUGUACUUGUCUGUGAUGAGUAAUAUGCUAUCAGGGAGUGUUGAGCAACAACUUUCACAAUGUAGAAGCUUGAGUCUUUUGGAUCUUGGUAGCAAUAUGUUUUCUGGGGCAGCCCCAUUUGGGGUUAUUGGAUUGGAAAAUCUAACGUAUUUCAAUGCUUCAUGGAAUAUGUUUGAAGGGGAGAUCCCAGAAAUGGUUUCUUGCACAAAAUUGGAAGUGUUUGAUGUUUCUGGGAAUGCUUUGUAUGGAGAGGUUCCAUCAAGCAUCACUAAGUGCAGUGGCCUUAAAUAUUUAGAUUUGGGUUUUAAUAGACUUAAUGGAAGUAUACCAGAUGGAAUAUCUGGAUUGAGAAAUCUGGUGCUGCUUCGGUUGUCAAGUAACUCGAUAGAUGGGAUGGUUCCUGCAGAGAUCGGUAGUAUAGAAUGGCUUGAAGUUCUUGAUUUAGACAAUCUCAGACUUCAUGGUGAAAUUCCUAACGAGAUCACUCAAUGCCGGUUUCUUCUCGAACUGAACGUCUCAGGGAACUCUUUAGUGGGAGAGAUUCCACAAAACCUUGAUAACAUGACGCAUCUUGUAAUUCUCGACCUCCAUCACAACGAGCUCAAUGGAAGCAUACCAAUGACCAUUGGAAAUUUUUCUAACCUCUAUUAUUUGGAUUUAUCCGAGAACUUACUCUCUGGUCCGAUUCCUUCUGCACUUGGAAAUAUCAACAAUCUAUCUCAUUUCAACCUCUCUUAUAACAACCUUUCUGGUGCUAUCCCUCCAAUCGAAAGCAUCAAGCAGUUUGGAUACUAUGCGUUUUUCCACAAUGCAGGUCUGUGUGGUGCUCCUUUAGAGAACUCCUGCUCAGGCAGUGCUUCCAAUCCGUCUGCAAGGAAGCCAAGGCUGAGCGCUUCUGCAAUUGUCGCCAUAGUGGCUGCUGCCUUGAUUGUUGCUGGUGUCCUCAUCAUCACAGUGAUUAACAUGAGGGCUCGUCGUAGGAGGAGAACUGAAGACGAGACCAUGAUUGUAGAAAGCACUCCACUUGCUUCUUCAACAGAAUCAAAUGUCAUCAUUGGAAAACUGGUCCUCUUCAGCAAAAGCUUACCCUCAAAGUACGAGGAUUGGGAAAUCGGAACCAAGGCUUUGCUAGACAAAGAAUGUUUAGUAGGUGGAGGCUCAAUUGGAACCGUCUACAAGAGUACCUUCGAAGGUGGGAUUGCCAUAGCAGUGAAGAAACUCGAGACACUGGGGAGGAUCAGGAGCCAGGAUGAGUUCGAGCAGGAAAUAAGCCGCCUUGGAAACCUUCAUCAGGCCAAUCUGGCUGCUGUCCAGGGUUACUAUUGGUCGUCUAGCAUGCAACUAAUUCUGUCGGAAUUCGUAUCAAGAGGAAAUCUGUAUGAUAAUCUCCAUGGUCUUGGCUAUCCUGGCACAAGCACUGGCUCUGGUAAUCCGGAAUUGAAUUGGUCUAGAAGGUUCAACAUAGCAGUCGGGACUGCCAGGGCUCUAGCCUACCUUCACCACGACUGCAAGCCUCCAGUUCUACACCUCAACGUCAAGUCCACUAACAUACUCCUCGAUGACAGCUACACAGCAAAGCUGUCUGAUUUCGGGUUGGGGAAGCUGCUUCCUCUACUUGACAGCUAUGGCCACCAAAAAAUUCACAAUGCAGUUGGGUACAUUGCUCCAGAGCUUGCUGAGAGUUCAAGAAUUAGUGAUAAAUGCGACGUUUAUAGCUUCGGGGUCAUCCUUUUGGAGCUAGUAACCGGAAGGAAGCCAGUAGGGAGCCCAUCAGCGAAUGAAGUGAUGAUUCUGUGUGAAUAUGUUAGGGGUCUGAUCGAGCAUGGUAACGCCUCAGACUGUUUCGACAGAAGCUUGAGAGGGUUUGUGGAAAACGAGCUCAUCCAGGUGAUGAAGCUGGGGUUGAUUUGUACUUCUGAAACGCCGUCGAGGAGACCAAGCAUGGCUGAGGUUGUUCAAGUUCUUGAAUCUGUAAGAAAUGGUUCGGAAUCAUAAAUUAAAUGUGUAACUAGACGUGUUGUGUUCUUCACUUGGUACAGGGAGGCCUUAGUGAUUCUUUUGGGUUCAUUGGAAUAUUUAUGACAAUCAAUUGUUUGCUAAUAGUUGGUAAUAAUGUUGUUUGUUCAAUUAUUUUGUAGCUUAUGACUAAUUCAACGUUUAAGCAUUCUUUUGAUAUAAAUACACAUCAAGCCUGCUUCCUGAA